GCCCAUCAAUCCUGUGUUCCGGUCCCCGCACUGUUGAAUGUUAGGACUCUCGGUGGGCGAUCGAUUCACUAUGAUGAAGAUGGGAAGGCUUCAAAGGGUUUUUUGGAUGGGGAGGAUGGAGAUCUUAUGCAAUUUAAGUCUGUUUGGUCUUAUACAAACCCUUUGUUUUUAUUUUGCAAGUUAAAGCAAAAUAACUGCCGUUGUUGAUUCUUCUUGUGGAUUCCUAGUUGAACCGUCUCUGCAUCAUUGGCUUUAGUAUUUGAGUUGAUAAUGGGAAGAAGGGUGCAGCACUUCAAACAUAAAGUAAAUUUCUUCGAUCUACUUCAUACUAAUGCUUCAUUUUUUUGAAUCUGUUGCGCUGAUUCAAGUCUUUUCCCCGCUUUUGCUUGUGGCUGAUUGUGCGAAAAGGAAAAAUGGGAGAGAAUCUUGUCUUAUGAAGGAUAAAAAUAAAGUCAACUGCCAGAUGAAUUGAAAGAAGAAGCAAGGACUAGUGUCCCUGUGGGGUGGAAUGGAGCAUAGUAGCCAUUCUAUGUUUACAAUUUAUUUGGUCUUUGCUCUCCUAGUUUCUAUUUUUGAAACAUGUCUUUUGUGUUGCAUACUACUUAUCUUUUUGUUUGUUAUUGAGGGCAACAAACGUGCAGAUAGCUCGUUUCCUGUUUUUUACUGAUAGCUCAUAGCUAGGUGGAGCAAUUGUGUGAAAAUGGGGGAAAGUAUGGACCCAGACAGCCCUCACGAAUCUCUGAAAGAGGUGGAAAUUGCUACAUAUUUCAUUAACAAUGUCCCUUCUCAGGAAAAGAUCAUCUUCAAUAAUGUGGAGACCAUUUUCAGUAGAAAUUCAGUGAGAUUACGAGAAAGGAGGAGAAUAUUGAAGCUGCAAUAAAAUGUGCCAAGAGACUCGUUUGUCAUUUUGCUCUUGGCGAAAAGUUGGUGCUCCUAUAGGCAACUUUUAUCGGUAUUCUGCAUGACAUUGCUCAAUAAUUGUAGCCUCUACUGUGGAAGCCUUAUGUGCCGGAAUUGUUUCAAGUUCUUUUUUCCUUUAUCUUCAAUUAUCUUUACAGGAUACGUUCACCUGUUAAGACCUCUUUUAGAACGAUAUCUUAUGAAUUUUAAUUAUUCCCCUCACAUUACCUCUUUUUUGGGUAUUCCCAAGAUUAUUUUGUUUGCCUUCAUUUUGUGCGAAAUUAUUUGGCAAAUUUUACAAGAGUAUUUACUAUUUAAUGUUUGAUUGGUGAUUUCUGAAUAUUAGGACAAACUAAAUCUCACAACUUUGUUGGAUAUAGGGAUAUAUCUGCAAUCUGAUAGGUUCUCGAGGGUUUUGCAGUGAUGACCUUCCUUUACUUGUUUUCUUUUCUUUUUUUUUUAUCUGUGUAUUUCAGUUUUGUUUCACUUUUGGCGUUAACUUUUUUUCGCUUGAAAAAGAAUUCACAUUUAUCUAAUUUAAAUAUGUUAACGUGUAAAUUGUGAAUCGAAAUUGAUUGAGACAGUAUUAACAUUUUUUUUCUAUGAUUUCGCAAGAUGGAAUGGGGAUGAGGACGAGAACAUUGACGUCGAUUAAAAUGAGAUUGGAAUAAGUAACGGUAUUAUUUUUUAUUAUAGAAAAACUUUCAUUCCUUGUACUAUCUUUGGUAUGCACUUUAACUCCAAGAAUGGAAUGUUCAAUUUAAGUAAACACCAACGUGAAAUUCUCAAAGAAUGUUUUGUCAUACAUGAAAUGUCAAAAUUGUCCACUAUAACUAGGAGCACUGAAUUGUGUUCUCAUAAACUACAUCGCCACCGCGUCCAACUUUGUUUACAACAGCAACCCUAGUGAAGUUCCGAUUCAAGGUAUCGAUCUCUUCUAUAAGUUUAUUUAUUCUCUGUGAUUUGUAGACGCAGAUAAUACUUCUUUUUAAUAUGUGUGUUUUUUUGCCUCAACUUGCAUGAAAAAUAUAAAUAAACCCUAUCAAAGCAUGAUUAUUGUGAAUAGAUAAUGUAAUAUAUUGGCUCUUGCAAUAUUUACUGUUAUAUGCAUUUCCACUGAUUACGUUGUGCUUGAUCUUGGCUAAAAAAUACUUUUGGUCCUUGAAUUGAUAAGGUUUUUUGGGUUUCAUUGGGAAACAAAAAAAUUUUGUUUGUAAUGUGUCCAAGCUUUGGUUCUAAUUUCAUACAUUUUCUCCAACAAAAGAUUGUAUGCACACUUUUAGUCUAGAGGAUAGAUGGUGAGUUAGAAGAAAUGAAACUUAAUAUCGAUUUAAUCUGAGUUAAGAGAAUAUAGAUAUAAUUUUUGCCAUUAAUGUGCACACGAGUUGGUAGUUGGGUUACUAGAUCAACUUAGUAAAAGAGUUGAAAUAGAGCUUCAGAAAAGUCGGCUUGUGUGAAUUCAACUUGCUCAUAAAAAGUUGUCUUUUCAACCCGAAGGUUUUUAUAUUAUUUUGAUAUAUGUAGUAUUGUAAAUUAUGCCUUUUACAUGUUCCUUUAUAUAACACAGCAUUAUUUUGCCCUAUCUAUUGUGGUAACAUUUCAACUAGUUUAGUUUGGGUUUCAAGUCAAAAUUGAAAUUCAUGUAAAAAUUUUACGGUCAUUACAUAGGGGGCCCUGAGCGUAAAGUGGGCAUCACGAAUUCGUAGGCCCAUGAUUUACUUAAAAUGGGCUUUUUGUCUCGUCCAUUACUUUAAUUGAAUGCUACAGUUUUCCAAUUCUCUGCAACUACUGAUACAAUGAGUUGUGUAUAUAGUUUACUUACUUAAAGCAUUUCUUGAUAGUCUUCGCUUAAUAUGCUCUUGAUUUAGUGUGUUUGGUUGUGUUCUCUGAAAUGAUGGCGGUGUUGUGAAAUUACUUUUGGGAGAAGGAAAAAAAGGAGGGAAAAAUCCCUAGUUGAAAAUCAAUAUUGGCAAAUGAAUCAUCUUAUGAGAUAUGUAGUUUCUCUAAUUGAGUGUAUAGAUUGCUGGUGUCUUUUGGCAGUAAAGUCAUUCCAGGUACCUUCUUUAGUUUUGAUCAAUUGCUUCAAAUGACUAGUUUUGUUAGUUUCCAAACACCCUUUUUUGUUAUUGAUUUGUAGAAUUUGGAUUGAAGCUUGCAAUGGAAAUACAGGCACAACACACUGGCAAUGCCAAGAAACAGCAGAGUGGGAUUCAUAUGGACAUGAUAAGUCUGCUACCAGAUGAAAUUUUGUUUCUCAUUCUGUCCUUUUUGACAAUGAGAGAGGCUGCGAUGAUGAGCAUCCUCUCAAAUAGAUGGCACAAGAUUUGGACUUCGUACCCAGUCUUGAACUUCAAAGUUUCGGACGUUUUACAGUACUUGAAUGAGUAUAAUAAUCAGGAAUGGCUUUGUAUGACUGGGCCGCAACACGUCAAAUGGGUUAACUCCGUUAUAGGGUCAUAUCAAGGAGACACAGUUGAAGAAUUAGCAGUUGAAUUUGAUUUGUGCGGUGACUAUAAAAUUGAUGUCGACAGAUGGGUUAACUUUGCUAUGGAAAAGAAGGUCCAAAGGUUUACUUUGAAUUUGAGUGGCUAUACUGGAUACCGAUAUCCUUUCCCUGCAACAGGUAGCAUUGUGAAGAGGCUGCGUUCUCGUAUUGUGGGGUUUACAAGCACUUCCCUUAGAGUUCUUGAGCUGAAAUGUGUGAACAUUACUGAAUAGAGUAUUAAAUACUUAUUAUCUACCUGUCUAUCUCUUGAAGUAAUGAGUAUAGAAAAUUCAUCUGAACUAGUCUGUUUGGAAGUGGCUGGCCGAUAUCUGCACCUGAAGUACUUGGCAGUUGUGCGUUGCAUUCGAUUGAAAAGCGUGUGUCUAUCUGCUCCUAAUCUUUCAACAUUCAACUGUGUUGGAGCGAAAGUGAGCAUUGCUUUUCUUAAUGUACCCAAGCUCGCUCAAGUAUGUAUCUGUGGGACUUAUUUGAGCGCAAUUGGCCCCGCCAUAUCUUGUCUUGCAGAGUAUGCAUCUCCGCUCGAAACACUUGUGCUGGAUGUACGUCGAACAGAUAAUAAUAUACAGCUUCACAAAUUUCCUGUCCUGGCACGUGUGAAAAGACUGAAGUUGAUUGUUGCUGCACGAGAAAACCAGAGUCGUCUUGUUUUUUCUCCCUUGAUUGUGGCAUGCCCUAACAUAUACAAACUUGAAUUGGAGAUAGGGAGGUGGGCGAGUACCAUAGCAAGUAGAGCACAAGCAUUCCCAGAAUUUACUCUUGAGUGCCUCAAAGUGGUGGAGUUUGUUGGGUUUGCAGGGCAUACUAAUGAUGUGGAGUUGGUCUCCUAUCUGAUUAAGAUUGCUGUGAAUUUAGAGAAAAUGAUCAUUGUUCCUCAUGGACCGUCAUCAAUUACGAGCUGGUGGAACCAUGGAGAUGAAAAUAAUCUACGUAUUGCUAGGGCGUUAGCAAAACAGCUCCAAGAUCGUUUUUCCCUGGGAGACAAAUUGGUGCUCGCGUGAUCCUAUUGAUGUUCUGUAUGAUUAUUAUUUUUUUUUCAGUAUUUGCAAAAUCCACUACUACUACUAGAAUGUUUAAAACUCAAGAGAACUGAAUGAUAAUAAGUAAGUUUGUUCUGUUUUGCGUCAAUAA